AUACAUAAUUAAAUACAGAACCUUUGGGUGGUUCUAUUAUUAAUAAAGUGCAUAAACAGUUGGUCAGUCAAGCCCCUUACAUAGCUUUAUAGCUACUAUGUUUAUGAGCAUCAAAUCAUUGUUUUGAGUUUUAAAUUGUAAAAAAAAAAAAAAAAUUAGUUUAAAAUUUAAGUGACUGGGUGCUUUUACUGACCCAUUUUUAAUAGGAUACGGAUCUUUUUCGCGGAUAUCUCUCUCCUACUUUCUCCAAAAUUAAUGUGAGGCUAAUAUUAAAAUGUCAUUCAUUAGGACACGUCGUUUGUGACAUUUACAUCUCUCUCUCUCUUUUCAACGUCUCUUUCUAAAUUUUAGAUACAUGACCAAAAUUUUCUCAACCCUUUUUAAUAACUUCCAUGUGUAUCCAAAUUUUACUUGCUGAAUCCGCCACCAGUUCAGAAGAUAUAUUUAUAAAAAUAAUAUAUACACACACAUAUAUAUAAAAGAAAAAUAAUGAUUAAUUCUAGAACAAAUAAUAAUAAUAAUAAUAAAUAAUGAAGAGGAAGAUGACGAUCUUAGAUCACUCUCUGCACUGCACGAGGAAGACAAUCUUAAGUUCGUUCUAGGCCCAACUCCAAGUGGCUUUUUUGAUUCAGGAACACCGUUAAUGAGAGAAACAGUAAGGAGACAUGUUUUAGAGGUGUGAGGAAGUUUUUUUUUUACAGGCGUGAGGAAGUUCAUCAACAUUGUCUGCUCUUGUUGGAGACAUCGUUGCCGACUUCAUUCAUUAUUUAUAAAAAUAUAUCAUCUUAAACCAACGGUAAGAAGCACAAGAAGAACUUGGCAGCCGAUUCCCACAAGCGAAAUUUGGGUAAUGGAAGUUAUUAAAAAGGAAAGAGAAAAAUUUGGUCUUGUAUCUAAAAUUUAGAGAGAGAGAGAGACAGAGGUUGAGGGAGAUGUGACCAAUGAUUCAGAUAAGUUUUAAAGAAAGCCGGAGAUGAUCCAUAUCUUUUUUUUAAUAUGGUCCAAAGUUUGCUCAAAAUUGGUUGAUUUCUUUAAUAUAGUCUCAAAUUGUUUCUUAUUGUGUAUUAUUAUUCUAUUUAUGAGGUUUUUUUUUUUUUUUUUUUUUUUUGUUUUGUUGGGGGGUUAUGAAAACUCAAAGAAUUGUUUACACUAACAGUCAGAUUUUAAAAAUGAUAUUUCAUGAGGCACAGCCCAAGUGAUUUAAAAUUCCAAUACCUUGGUUAAUAAUCUCUUUUUGGGUUGUAAGAUUUUUAGUAAACAAAAACACUAAUCCAAAGCAUCAAAUUAAAAAUUAAAAAUUUGUUGAAUGAUGGCCAUCCAAAAAAAUUGAAUAUCAGUAGGUAGUUUUAAACUUUUAAUAUUCAGGCAACCUGAUGGAUUAACUGCUAGAUUUUAUCAAACACUAUUGGAGUCUUGUUGUGGAAGAUUUGUAAUAAAUUAAAUAGUAAAAAAAUACGUAUUUAGUAGUUUUAAAUUUCCAAAAUCCCUCCAUAAAUCUGCUUAAUUUGGUAAAUCUGGAAGGAUUUAGGCCAAAAUUUUGAAAACCAUAAAAAUAAUUUUUCUCAGAAUCUGCCAAAAACUAACAAAAAAAAAAAAAAAAAGAAAAAGAAAAAGAAAAAGAAAAAGAAAAUUUAUUUAUAUAUAUAUAUAUUUAGCCAGAAAAUUUAUUUAUAUUGUAUUUCUACUCAUCAAUCGAAAUUUCCUAACUUCAACUUAUUGUAAAAACAUAAAUAAAUAAAUUAACGGUUAUUGUAGCCCCACUGAUAGUGUGUCAUUGUGUCCUGGCCCGAGUAGGCCCAAAUUGUGUCCAAUAGGUUGAACAAAAAAAUACAAUCUGCUAAGUUAAAAAAAAAAAAAAUCAAACUAUAAAUAUAAAAUAUCAAUUUCUCUCUCAUAGGUUUAGGCUUCCGAAUCAAACAAUUUGCUCAAGGAUCUGGGUAUUGCAUCGUCUGUGCUGCUCAAUAACACAUUUCUCUUUAUUUUUGAUUCUCCACAUCUCAUCACGGAUUCAUUGAGGUGCCUCCUCUCUCUCUGUCCUUUCUCUCUCUCUAAAUAUAUAUAUAUAUAUAUAUAUAUAUAUAUACUCAUUUGCUCUUUCUUGAUUGUGCAAUGUUGCGAAUUUCAGUUCGUUCGACUAUUGCGUAUUCAUAUACUUCUACUAGUCGUCUUCUUAUUUACAAUUUCUCCAGAAUCGUAACUUCACCAAUCUUUCAAUGUUCAUUUCAUCACCAUCAUCAUCCAACACCAUCAUCACUUAGAUUUAGUCCUCGUCUUUGGAAUAUCAAUUGGCCUUUUGGUUUUCGUUCCUGUUCGAAUUUAGCUGUUAAUUCCUCACUUUCCUCGCCUCCUUUGGAAGCUGAGGCAUUAGAUCAAACACCUGAUAGUUGUACAGAUGAUGGCAAUAAGCUCUACGAAACUAUUAUAGACCACUCCAGUCCUGAGCAUAAUAUGGAGAGAGCACUUGACCAAGUUAGCAUAAAACUGACCACUGCAUUGGUCAUGGAAGUCCUUGGGAGGCUUCGUUUCCAGGAGAAAUUAGCCUUUAGAUUCUUUACUUGGGUGGGGCAUCAAGAAUUUUUUUCUAUUGAAUCUCGGGUGUUUAAUGAGAUAAUUGACAUACUAUCUAGUACGAAAUACAAGGUUAAACAAUUUCGGAUUGUUUGUGAUCUUCUUGAUUACAUGAAGAGAAAAAACAAAACUUCGGUUCCUGUCGAAGUUCUGUUAACCAUUUUGAGACAAUACACCGAAAAGCAUCUGACCCAUCUUCAGAAAUUUGCCAAGAAGAAAAAAAUAAGGGUGAAGACGCAGCCGGAGAUCAAUGCCUUUAACUUGCUUUUGGAUGCUUUGUGCAAGUGCAGUCUUGUUGAGGAUGCGGAAGCGAUGUUUAAGAGGAUUAAAAAUAAGGUCAAACCGGAUGCUAACACGUACAAUAUUUUGUUUUUUGGGUGGUGUAGAGUCAGAAACCCAACCAGAGGUAUGAUGAUACUUGAAGAUAUGAUCAAAAUGGGUCAUACAACCGACAAUUUCACUUACAAUACUGCCAUUGAUACCUUCUGCAAAGCUGGGAUGGUGUCUGAGGCUGUUGAACUAUUGGAGUUCAUGAGAAAGAAAGGCUCAACCUUUUCUUCUCCCACUUCAAAAACAUAUGCAAUCAUGAUUGUGGCAUUUGCCCAAAGCAACAAAAUGGAAGAAUGCUUUAAACUUCUAGGGGACAUGAUAAACAGUGGAUGUCUCCCUGAUGUUGCAACGUACAAGGAUUUGAUUGAAGGCUUGUAUUUGGCCAGGGAUGUUGAUGUAGCUUACAAAUUCUUGGAAGAGAUGGGAAACAAAGGUUACCCUCCCGAUAUAGUUACUUACAACUGUUUUCUCAAGGUUCUUUGUGACAAUAGGAACAGUGAUGAAGCGCUUAGGCUUUAUGGAAAAAUGAUUGAGGUGGGUUGUGUGCCUAGUGUGCAUACUUUUAAUAUGCUAAUUACAAUGUUUUUUGAGAUGGGUGAUAUCGAUGGGGCCUUUGAGACAUGGAAUGAGAUGGAUAAGAGGCGCUGUGCACGGGAUACAGAUAGUUAUUGUGUGAUGAUUGAAGGACUUUUUGGUUCCAAUAAUACAAAGGAUGCCUGCUUUCUUUUGGAAGAAGUUGUAAAUAGGGGAAUGAAAUUGCCAUAUCGAAAUUUUGAUUCCUUCCUGAUGCAGCUUUCUGGGAUCGGUAAUCUCCAAGCCAUUCAUAGGCUAUCUGAGCAUAUGAGGAAAUUCUACAAUCCUGCUAUGGCACGCCGUUUUGCAGUGAGUCAGAAGCGGAAGAGCAUGAGCUUAAGAGGAAAGUAG